AAGUGCGAGCGAGAGGUCCGACAUUAUCGUCAACGCCAGUGCUAUCGUUGUUGUUAAUCGCUAUCGUAUUCGCACUCGAUUGUUUGGAUUCAAGCAUGUUUGAACCGUAUAACCGAUAUUCGAUUAAAAAAUACCAUAGUGGCGGCUGUUGAUAAUUAAGGUUGGAUGAUGCCUGCUAAUAUUGCUGAAAGAAAAAACCAUUUGCAAACAAUUCUGUGAAAAUAAAUAUUGUUCGAUUUAAUCUACAAAUUGAAUAAAAGCAGCUGAAUAGAAACAAUAUGGCGAAUGUAGAGUCUAUGAUUGUCGAAGAAAAGGCACAGGUUAAGCAAAUUGACCGAGAAAAGACAUGCCCGCUGUUGCUGCGAGUCUUCUGUUCUACGGGACGCCAUCACUCUGUUUCGGAGUACAUGUACAACAAUGUGCCGACUAAUGAACUGCAGAUAUACACCUGGCAGGACGCCACAUUACAUGAGCUGACUUCUCUGGUGCGUGAUGUUAAUCCGGAUACCCGAAAGAAGGGUACAUACUUUGACUUCGCCAUUGUGUUCCCCAGCUAUCGCAAUAAUCACUUUCAAAUGCGUGAAAUCGGCGUCACCUGCACGGGCCAAAAGGGCAUUGACGAUAACAAGACGCUGUCGCAGGCCAAAUUCACUAUUGGAGACUUUCUCGAUAUAUCUAUAACGCCCCCGAAUCGUAUGCCGCCCGCGAGACGCCAGCGCCCUUACUGAGUGUUGCUCGUA